AUGAGCAGCUUGUUGAUUAAGUGCAGUGGGUUUUAUAACAAUCUUCAGAUGAAGGGAGAGAAGGAUUUUAAGAACUUCUACCCAAAUAAUAAGAAGGAAGCACCGAAAGGGGAUGAGCAAAAAUCAGAGUCAAAAGCGCCGGAGAAGGUCCCUGGCGAGUUUAUGGAAAUGAGCCUUGGGAAGCACUGUGCCUACCAUAAUGAAGAUGGGCACUUGACUCAGGGGUGCAAGGCUUUGAAGACGCACUUUGAGGAUCUAGUCAGACAGGGUUAUCUGCGAGACCUAGUAGAUGAGGCCAGAAUAAGAGAAGAGCAUGCAAGACUGCCCCAGGCACCAGCAGCACCACCUCUGCCAUCGCCACCACAGCAAGCAGAUGGACCUCGGUUGAUUAAUGUUAUUCACUUAAAGCUUAAUGGGAAUGAGGUGCAUAGGGAGACUCAGAGAGUAAGGCACUUGCAUCAUGUGUAUCAAGUCCAGCAGAAGAAGACUAGGACCGAUGAGCACCAGGGACUAAUGGUCUCAUUUACUGAGGCAGACCUGGAUAUGGUGCAACAUCCACACAAUAAUGCCUUGGUGAUAACGCUGAAGAUUGGGGACUGCCAGGUAAGAUGUUACAAGGAGCUUGGUCUUCACCCAGAUGAUCUGGAACAAUUUAACAGCCUGAUGGUUGGAUUCAACGGAACGCCGACGUGGCCUGUAGGAGCCACGAAUUUGGAAGUGCAAGCAGGUAUGAAGAAGGUAAGCAUAGAGUUUACAGUAAUUGACAUCCCCUCCCCUUAUAAUGUUAUCUUGGGAAGACACACAAUGAGGGCUGUUCCCUUAACAUUACACCAGCUGUUGCAGUUCCUAACGGAGCAUGGAAUUGAGAAGGUCAGAGGGGAUCAGAUACAGGCAAAAAAUUACUCUAUGGCAGCAAUGAAAUCCACCUGUAACGUGCGAGAGACAGAAAUAGUAGAAAUUAAAGACGAAGACAUGGAGGUACUAGAUGACGUCAACAAAGAGCUAGCCGACAAGAGUGAGGAAGCCUUAAAGAAGAUUCUGGUAAAAGAAGAUGAUAUAGAGUGCUUCUUCUUUCUCAGCUCAAGCUUAGCAGAAGAGGAGGAAAGGGAGUUGAAGGCUUUAUUGUGA